AUGGUGAGGGAUUACCAGGGGAACAUGUCCCGGCAGUACCGCCCGAGCGUUAUGCAAACUGCACACCACGGUGACAACUGGGGGAUGCAAGGCCGGUAUUCAAUGCCCAGUCGUAUCUCACGGCUUCAUUCUAUGAAUAUGCAAACUCCCUACAGAGGCAUGGAUCCCAUGGAUUACAAUGCACAUGCCCCAUAUGCAGCUCAAGGAGGCAUGGCCAACCUCACGAGCGGUGGUGCCUACCAGGCCCCGAUGAGAGGCAUGCCGUACGGUCCCCCUGGGCAGCAGCCGUAUUCUGCGGAGGCAAAACCAGCUCAUAUUCGGAGAGGUCACAGUGUCUUGUUGAGGCAGCGAGCGCCUCAGUUAAUGAGUUUUCGUUACGACAACGCCCCAACGGGUAUUUACUAUCGUACAGGUAGCUUUCGAGGAAACGUGGAUAGCAGACCAUUUGGUAGUUUCCGCUCCAACGGACCUUCAUAUAUGCCAUCAGAAUCUGUAUUACAACAAACAAACAGUUUCCAACGGAUGGGCAGUAACCUUUCUGGUUUUGGCUCCGGCUAUGGAAACUCGUUCUUUUCAUACAACCGUCCUAAUGGUGCAAGUUCAAGUAACAUUUUAUCUCAGAACGGUAGUGCUGUCAACUUCAACUACAGCUUUUCAUCUCAGAUUCCAAGUAUGCAAUACAACAACGGUGCUGAUGGUCUUCUGCAAAUGCCAUCUGAGAAGGCCCCGGUAGAUAUGCCGCCACAAAAGGAAGAAAGAGAACCGGUAUUUCGGCGGCAGAACAGCAUGACACUUUCACGACGGGAUUCCAUGUUAAAUGGUUUCUACGAGUUUGGUCCAGUGGCGAAGAGAACGGCACCGAUGGGAGUUCCACGGAAUUUGGAAGAAUCGCGUCUGUCUGCACGACCCACCGCUCCACCGCAGUGGCCGAAAGGCACAGGGCUUUCAACCGUGCCACCACCUCAACAAGUGGCGAACAAUGGGACUCGCGGGGGGCGCCCGCCAGAUAGGACGACGCAACAGAACGUAAAACCAUCUGCCAAUACGGGUGAGUUGUCACGCAAGGGUAGUGAAAAGAGGAUUGGUAUGUAUUUUAAGUCUGUUCAACCGACGCAGGAUGGGGACUACAAGAAGGAGGGUGAUCUUGGGACAAGAGGGGGCUCAUUCAAAGUGGAUCCACCCAUGACGACACGUGUACGUCCGAUUCUACUGCUGGAGAAACGCGGUGGCAACAAUGUUGAGGUGGAUGGCCGCACGGCAAUAUUGGAGAAACCGGGUAGUGAUGAGAUGCAAAAGUUUGAAACACAUGAAAUUGUUCAGUUAUCCUUUGGUGACUCAAACGUUUUCAUAGAAAGCCUGGAUGAAGUGCGUGACACGUUUUUGAUGGGGUGCAACGUGGCGGUUGUGAUGGCAGACUCAAACUGUCCUGCGUAUAAGCCAUCCGAGUGGUUUUCGUGGAAAGUCAUUAAGCAGCUACUGAAGGACGUCUUUGCCAAGAUGCGAUCCCGAUCGGAGCUCAGUUUCUCUGUGUCGCUUCUGGAGGAUGACCAGGUGAUGGAUUUGCUGACGGAGCAUCCACGGCAUGUGACGCUCACUGUGGCCCAAUCCCCGCUGUUUGGCAACGUUGCGCAUGGUGUCAUCUACCAGGUUGUGGAGGACGCCUCUGAGUUUUCGGACCUGCUGGAUCUUGCCUUGUCCAAAGCCCUCGGUAGGGAGGGGGAGGAGCGCGGUAUUCUUCUCAUGUCAGCCAUCUUAAAACAAAUUUGCACGAACACGCCCCACACAAAAGGGGAUGAGGAGGACAUUCUGCUCUCCUCCCUCUUUGUUUCUUGUGUCGGGGACGGCAUUAUUCAUUACAAUCGCAUUCUUGACAAAAACCCCGCGGAGCCACGUGCCAUGUUUCAGUUUGCGCUUGGCGGUCCAUCUACUACAGCCGCCGUCUUUUCCAUUGUGGAUCAAGUUUCCAAUGCCUCAACCGUGAGCCAGUUUCUUUCCACGCUGCAUCGACUGGGUGAGAUUAAGAAUUACAAUCUACGCAUUGGAAGCGUUCGCCGCUUUGUCAAGUACACAAAUGAAACCAUUCCCAAAAUGCGGCGGCGAAUAAAAGAGGUGGAAGAAGGGCCCGGGAAGGAAGCUGUAAAACAGUCCUUGGCACGUCUUGAGUUGAUGCUAUCGGACGCAAAGGCUAUGCUAGAAUCCCCAGAAACCGCCGCACCGAAAAUGUAUAUACGUCAAUGA